AUUGGUUAGAUGAGCGCGGGCUCAUAUCCUCAUUCAGCCCUAAUUCCCCAACCCCCAAUCCAACUGUGCUUAUUGUUGGUGCGGGACAUGCAGGUCUCAUGCUUGCUGCCAGGUUGAGACGUUUGGGGAUUUUGACUUUGUUGAUUGACAAAGAAGAACGUCUGGGGGAUUCAUGGAGAAAGAGGUACCACUCCCUCGUGCUUCACGACACGAUUUACGGUGAUGCGUUCCCGUAUCUUGCGUUCCCCGAUGAUUGGCCAGUGUUUAUCCCCAAGGACAAGAUAGCCAACUGGUUCGAAUCUUAUGCGAGUAUCAUGGAGCUCAACGUGUGGCUGAAGUCGACUGUGGAGCCCAAUUCUACGUCAUACGAUGAAGCUACGGAAACUUGGACAAUCUCCAUACGGAAAGGUGACGGUUCCGUUCGUCAACUGAAGUGCAAGCACAUUGUUCAGGCAACCGGCCAUUCGUGGCCAAGCAUACCGCGUUUCGAAGGCGAAGAAACCUUUAAGGGCAGCAUCCGCCAUUCGAGCGUUCACGAAGGUGGGGCUCAAUGGCGAGGAAAGAAGGCCGUCGUUAUUGGCUCCGGCAAUUCUGGGCACGACAUUGCACAUGAAUUUUACAACAAUGGCGCUGCGGAAGUGACGAUUGUUCAACGUUCAGGGACCCUUGUAGUUUCUAGUGAGGCUGGUAUCCCAAAGCUUCUUGAGUCUGCAGGAUACAGGGAAGGAGGUUUGCCAAUUGAGGAAGCGGAUCUGUCUCUGGUUUCACUCCCUUGGAACUUCUUCGAACCUUAUUCGACCGCCCUCCACGCGAUGGUCCAGGAGGAAGAUAAAGACCUCAAUGAUGGUCUCGAACGUGCCGGCUUCAAGAUAGACGGCAAAGACAGUCCUGGAUUGUUUUACUUGUAUUUUCGCAAAGGGGGCGGCUAUUACAUCGAUGUUGGCUGCUCGUCCUUGAUUAUUGAUAGAAAAGUGAAGAUCAAACAAGGCCAAGAAGUGCAACAAUUCGAAGAAAAGGGCGUUAGGUUCGCAGAUGGAAGUCUAGUUAAAGCAGACGUUGUCGUCCUUGCCACUGGUUACAAAUCCAUGCGAGAGUCCUGUCGCAAGAUAUUCGGGAGCCAUGUCGCUGACCAAACUGGGACUGUGUGGGGAUUGGACCCCACUGGGGAGUUCAACGGCAUAUGGAAGUAUUCAGGUUGUCCGGGUUUCUGGUAUAUGGGUGGCAAUUUCCUCCUCUGCAGGAUAUACUCGAAAUACGUGGCGCUUUGGAUACAAGCCAUCGAGCAAAGGAUCGCGUCAAAGAGACCAUCUGUCCCCUAAACUGUAGAUUGUGUCAGAGGGUUCUCGAUUUCAUUCUCCAUGUGUUAAAAGUCGUAUUGCAGAAAAUAGGUUCGAACCCAAAUGCAAUGUAUUCUCUUUUGGUAUUAGGCGUGUACGGAAGUGUAUGUU